AUGCAACUGGGUAAAGACUAUUGCAUUGCCACGCGAUGCAACUCUUCUACCCCUCUACUGCGUGCCACACCCCGCUCAUGGAAAGCUUUUACUCCCUUUGAUAAAUCAAGGGGCUUGGUGUCGCUCAACACGCAUCGUCCUCGGAAAUGCUCACCCUUCUGGGAACACAAAUGGCAAAGUGGCGCUACUGGCCAAUCCUACCUGGUCUUUCCGAUUGGAAGAUUCAUCGUCUAG